AUGGCGGCUGUGAUGAGGUUCAUAAACAGAGGAACUGUCAGCUCCAGAAUGGGUCUCCAGUGCCUGUCAUAUAGUCAUUCUGCCGUAUCUACGAAAUCUACGAGUGUAAAUGAAGUCAAGUCUCUCCCAAAGAGAGUGAAGAUCGUGGAGGUGGGGCCCAGGGAUGGACUUCAGAAUGAGAAGACCAUUGUCCCGGCUGAGACAAAAAUUCAUUUGAUUGACAUGUUGUCAGAAUCGGGGCUGUCAGUAAUUGAAGCCACCAGCUUUGUCUCUCCAAAAUGGGUUCCACAGAUGGCAGACCAGGUAGAAGUGAUGAAGGGGAUCCAUAGGAAGCCUGGUGUGUCCUACCCAGUCCUGACACCUAACCUCAAGGGCUUCCAGGCUGCAGUGAUGUCAGGUGCUUCAGAGGUAGCCAUUUUUGGUGCAGCAUCUGAGCGGUUCAGCAAGAGGAACAUCAACUGCUCGGUGGAUGAGAGUCUGCAGCGCUUUGAGGAGGUCGUGAGGGCAGCUAAAGAGGCUAGUGUGCCAGUCAGAGGCUAUAUCUCGUGUGUGCUGGGAUGCCCGUAUGAAGGCAAAGUGGCACCUGAAAAAGUUGCACAUGUAGCUAAGCGUUUGUACGCCAUGGGCUGCUAUGAAAUCUCCCUGGGCGACACCAUAGGAGUGGGGACUCCAGGUGGCAUGGCCGAGAUGCUGGAGGCAGUCAGCAGGGAAGUUCCAGUCAACGCUCUCGCUGUCCAUUGCCAUGAUACAUACGGCCAGGCCCUGGCCAACAUCCUCAUAGCCUUACAGAUGGGGAUCAGUGUUGUAGACUCUUCAGUUGCUGGAUUGGGAGGCUGCCCGUAUGCUCAGGGGGCUUCUGGGAAUGUUGCUACAGAGGAUGUGGUCUACAUGCUGCAUGGACUUGGCAUUCACACGGGUGUGGAUCUUUCUAAGCUUAUGGAUGCCGGAGCUUUCAUCUGUCGUUCCCUGAAUAGAAAGACCAACUCCAAAGUGGCUCAGGCCACGUGCAAACUCUAAGCCAAACCCAGACAUGAGACUGAUGUUAAGUUGGAGCUGGCUGCACAAUUUAUGUUAUUCUUUCCUUUACAGUUCUUUUUCAUUUAUGAUCUACUCGCACAAGAAUCUCACUUAAAUGUGUACACACUGACCACCCAUUACAGCAAAGGUUUAAUAUUAUAGGCAUGCUACAAGCAUUAGGAAAUUGUUACUGGAAAAGGUGCCUUAUGUACUUUGUUUAUUCAAUUCAUGCCUGUCACACCCUGUGCCUUGACGUGCAUACCAGAGUCCAUAUUGUUUUUGCCCGUUGGUUUCUGAGUAUUUGAUCAACAAAGGUGUGCUUUUUGGAUUUAGCAGCAGCGUUAAUGAAGUGAAAUAUGAUUAAUUCAUGUUGUGUUUUUCUUGUUUGACAGAUCAGCUAGAACACGGGUUCUCAACCUGGGGGUCGGGACCCCCAGCGGGGUUGCCAGAUAAUUUCUGGGGGUCGUCAGAUGGUUGUGGAGGGGGGGAAAACACAUUCUAGACUGGGGAAUUGUUUUUACAUGAUGUCGCCUGUACCAGUGAUAUAAUUUGCCAUAGGAUAGAUUUUAUUGAGCGUUUUUGUGAAAGUCAAAGUGUAUGUGCACAUGAAGUGCCAUUAUUUCACUAAAUCUAAAAGGCGAAUUAAAGCCAAAACGGAAUUAAUAGUUGUUCUGUCUGUGGGCAAAGCUGUGUGUGUUUGGUAGCCUUCAUGUGUUAUAUUACAGUAAUCCCUGAACAGUCUCAGGCAGACAGUCUAUGAGUGAUCAGUGUGUUUUCAUCGGGGUGUUGUGUGAGAUAAAUGCCCCAGUGCUAUGGGGGGGGGGGGGGCACAAACACCAACCAGACUAUUCUGUGGGGUCACGACUUGAAAAGGUUGAGAACCACUGACCUAGAAAACGUUCAUAGUUACCUUUUUUCUUUUUUUCUUUUGAAUUCUUACAUGACCAGCCAGUAACAAUGGACAAAGGGUGGAUAAUGUACAAAAAAAAGCCAGCGGAGAAAUCUCUUCCUGUUUCAUCAUUUUCUGUAUGCAAUGAUCAUAUCUGUUGUCUCUGAGUUGGGAGCAUCAUAGAUACCUUUCGAUGACGGUUGUCCUUAUGAACUGAUGCAAUUUGUUGGCUUGUGAAAGAAUUAGACGUGUUGUAUUCUGAUGACUUUUGAAAUGAUGAGGUUUUUUUUCCCCCAACUCUUACGUUGGAUUUCUGUGUGUUUUUAUAAAUGUGUAAAUAUUUAUUUUGAAACACUGAUGUCGUGAUUCAAAAAUGUACAUAUUGGACUGGUGAAUCUUUAGUUUUAAAAAAAAUAAAGUAAC